AUGUCGAAGCCUUUCGAUCCCGAGACCGCGGAGAACUUGGACGAUAUGGAGAAGCAGUUUGCCGUCAAGGCCGUGGAGCACUUGAUGACAUACUGGGCGAUCCUCGAGAAGGUCCGCGGCUCGCAGCUCCGUCUGACCAAGAUGGACGAUGAGAUCUACGAGUCCUUCAUGAAGGAGUUCCCGGACUUCGACCCCGCCGAGACGCUGAACGAGGACACGAUGAAGAGCAAGGAGGGCAAGGAGAAGUGGCGCAACUGGAUGAACCAGUAUGAGAAGACCGUCACCGACUUCAACUUCGGAACUAUGCUCCGCUCCAACCCUAAAUUCGAGUACGACCAGGAGACGACUAUCUUCGCUAUGCGCAUGCAGUUUUACGCGAUCGAGAUCGCCAGAAACCGCGCUGGACUCAACGACUGGAUCUACGAGAAGGCCCAGAAGGCGAGCUCCUAG